AUGUCGUCAAGAGGGCGACCGGAGCGCAAUCGCAUCCCUUCGGACCAACUGGUCAAUUUCUCACGUUAUGUAGCUCCGCCAGAGGAUCCGCCCAAAAGCGACACCGAAGAUGUCAAGCCACGGGUUAGAUCGACACAGCGUAACUUGCGUUGCUAUAUUGCGGAUAUCGGAGUACCUUUUGACCAGUUACCGAUUGCACGGCCAAACCUCACCGUUGACUGGAACACGAUCGAUCUGGUCGACCUCAUGGUAGAUGAGGAUACACCAGUUACGUGUCCUAUAUGUCUCGAUGAGUCUCUCUCUGCACCUCGCAUAGCACGCUGUGGUCAUGCUUAUUGUUGGUUGUGCAUUUUGAAGUAUCUCAACUUCGAUAAAAAAACGGAAAAGAGACCAUGUCCGAUGUGUUUGCAGUUUUUAUUUAAAGGUGACUUGAAACCUGUCCGUUUCCAGGUCAAGAAGAAGCCUACGGUGCUCUCUUUUGCGCUGUUAUUGCAGGAGGUAGACGCACACACUGCUGUUCUGCAUCCAGACAUAUGCGAGCUCUUGUGCGGAAACCGUCGAAUGCGUGAUGGAAAUCAGAUCGCAUCAUUCAAUUCACUAGACAUUCAGUUUUGCGAUGUUGCGUUUACAGAUCAACUGAUGUUGCGUGAGCUUCUGAAGCGAGAUUACCUGGACUUAGAGCAGGUCGCACUAAGCACCGAUGAAGGCGACACCGCUACUCACGAAGCGGUUGGGGAGGCCCUGCGCCAACUUAACGAUAAUGGCAUUUCUAUUCCAAACAAUGAAGAAUUCUCAUUUUUAGACGGACUACACAACAUAAAGGACUCAAUUCUGCAUUUACGAAAUGUAUCUGAUUCCUACGUCUAUGGGAAAACUGAUGACCGCGAAGAAAAUACGGACAGUGGAGGGCGCAAGAAACAUUACUGCUUUUACCAGUCUAUAGAUGGAUGCAAAGUGUUACUACACCCCCAGCUGCUCAAGUGCCUGUGGCACUGCUGUGGCAAAAAUGUCAACCAACUACCAUUGUUCCUUGUAAAUCUCCCAGUUCUCAGUCUGGAAGAGAUCGUGGUUACCAGUGGGAUGUGCCGCCGCUACAAUUGGUUGAAUCACUUCCGCAUGGGUUGUAAGGUUUACUUUGCGCACGUGCCGUUAGAAGGCUACGUAUCUCCAACACAAUUGGAAGAUUUUAUGAUAAGCCGUCAGAUUAAGCUCGACAUGAAGCUGUCGAAGAUGCUGCAGUUGCAGGAAGGGCCCUAG